AUGCCUUCGACAUCUUCCUCCGAUACCGCGAGUUCAUCAUCAAUUCAAUUCCGAGUUCGAAUUGCUGACAAUGCGAAAAUCAAAGAUGAAAAAUUUAUCAUGAUGGAUUCGAGUAAAAUUCCAAAUUUGGAUGAGUUUGGAAAGAUGGCAAAAUCCAAGUUAAAUUUGAAAAAGAAAAUUGUUGCAAUUUAUAAUGGAAAAACUGGUCAAGAAUUGACAAACCCCACUCAUUUUGAAAAUUUAAUUUCGGAAUUUAUUGAUACAAGAAGAAAUCAAUCGAAUAGUUCAGGAAUCACUUUGGGAACUGCCAAACCAUCAGAUGAUCUUUUCUUUGUCUUUUCAAUCAAUGAAAAACAAAAAUUUCAAGGAAAGGUAGAAGCUACUACUCAGCAACUCCAACAAUCAACACCUCAGCAACAACAGCAAUUCUCAGAAAGCACAACCCCACCUCCCGAAGUGACCAUUCUCAUCAAAGACAGUUGGCUCGAUGAUGGAGCGAUCAAGCAACUUCAAGAAACAGCUCGAACUCUCAAAGGAGCUCGUCGUCUAGUGGGUGAACCUGACCUUCAUCCUGGAAAGACAUUCCCAGUAGGUGCUGCCAUUGCUACUCAACAUUAUAUUUAUCCUCCAUUGGUUGGAAAUGAUAUUGGUUGUGGCAUGAGUUUGUACAAGACUAAUUUGUCAUCUCUCACUGGUGUGAAACAAGUUGAGAAAUGGGUGAAACGAUUACAUGGUUUGGAAAGAGGAGGAAUUACUGGCGACGAAACGAGACCAGUUCUCGAUAUUGAGAAGCAAUUAUUUGAUGAAAGUGGACUACCAACAAGUCAACAAUCAAUUCAAGCAGAUCAACAACACGAAGUAGAAGAUGAAGAACUUUCCAGUGAGACUCAACAUGAACCAUUAGUGGACGAUCAACAAGCUUCUGAUUUUAUUGAACGUUAUUUAAAAUAUUUCCAAGUGGAUUUGGGAAGUUUGGCAGAUGUGACACCUUCUCUGGAAGAACUCGAGCAACUUGAGAAAGAAGAAGUAUCACAAGAGCAACAACCACAGCAGACUUGGACUUCACAACACACUCAUACCUAUGAAAAUAAGGCUCUCGAAUUUGCCAUUCGACAAUUAGGAACAGUCGGUGGCGGGAAUCACUUUGCAGAAUUACAAAUCAUUGAAAAAGUAUGCAAUUCACAAAUUUUCCAUCAGGAAUUAGGCCUUACUGAAGAUUGUUGUUACUUGAUGGUUCACAGUGGAAGUCGUUCUCUCGGCGAUCACAUUUUGGAAGAACAUGAAAAAAAGUUUGGAAAUGAGGGAUUACUGGCUGACUCUCCUGAUGCACAAUACUACUUGAAACAUCACGACAAUGCAUGCAGAUGGGCCCGUGCCAAUCGAGGUCUCAUUGCAAGAAAAUUUUUAACAUGCUUAAAUGGAACAGGUCAACAAAUUCUUGACAUUUGUCACAACAACGUCGUUGAAAAGCGUAUUGCAGAUGAAACUUUAUUCAUUCACAGAAAAGGGGCAGCUCCAACCGAUGAAGGGUAUUUUGUCAUUCCCGGUUCACGAGGUUCCUUUUCCUAUCUCGUUCGAGGACGAUCCGAAGAUUUAGCAAGUCAAAUUCGAUGCAAUUUCAGUGCUGCUCACGGCGCUGGUAGAAAAUGGAAACGUUCAAAAUCAGUGGGAAUGAUGUCUAGCAGUAGUAGUAGUAGUGGCAGUAGGGAAAGUAUUCAAUCAUUCACUACUACAGAUCUAGGUUCCCGAGUCAUUUGUGAAGACAAGACUUUGCUGUUUGAGGAACAACCUGCAGCGUACAAGGAUAUUGAUACAGUAAUUUCUGAUUUGGAACAUUUUGGAGUGAUUGAGGUGGUGGCAAUUUUGAGACCUCUGAUUACGUACAAGAUGAGAAGUUGUUGUCAUGAGUGA